AUGCGUAUCAAGUGCGAGCGCAGAAAGGUGUUCAUGUCGCCCGGCAUUGCCUCGCUCGUCUCGUAUCAAAUGGACCCGACAAGUUCUGCGCGCCGAGUGGCCAUGCGACUGUUGACCGCUUCGGACUCACCAAGGAAACCACAGGCACGAGGACCGUCGUCGUCCGUGUGCCUACCAUCAGCUGAAGACUUUGCGCUGGCGUCGCCCGUGCUGACCGGCAAAGCCGUUCCAGUGACCUCGCCGAAUCCGGCCAAGAAUCCGCUACCGGGGCUUCAAUUCGCCAUGUCAGUGCAGCGCGCCCCUGGUCGGGAGCUGCGGUUGCCAUCGUUCUCGAGCACGCCGUUUGACGAGCUGGAGACCGCGUCGACUCCUGCGGCAAGUAGUGCGGACGAAGAUGAGCUUGUUGAGAAGAGCACCCGACAACGACGCAAGAAGGGGACGCGACGAGGGACGCUGCACCCAGAAGCCAAGAACGUGCUGAAAGCUUGGAUGUUUUCCCCCGAACAUUUUGCGCAUCCGUACCCGAGUGAAGAAGAAAAGGAGGAGCUGGCAACUGAAGCUGGUAUCGAGGUCAAGCAGCUGUCCAAUUGGUUUACAAAUGCCCGGAAACGGCUGUGGCAGCCCGUGCUUCGCCAAUCUGGAGUUGAAGUCAAGAACUUUUUGUCUACAGGACGGGGCGGCCCGCGUGGCAAUAAGCUCGAGGUGCCAGCCAAUCUUCACGAGCUAGUGUCGCAGUCUCCUGUGCCAAGCCCAUCGAGUUCGCCUCGCAAGCGCUCGUGGGCGGCGAUGGGAGCAUACACCUCGCCUUGCAAAGUCUUGCUGAAUGGUGCGGAUGAGAGGAAGCACGAAAGUAAGCGCAGAAGGAGUGCUGGAGCUUCUGCAAGCAACGCGCGCUCGAAAGUGGGUAGCAGCUCGCACGAUGGACGAUUGUUUCCUCAAUUUCGAGAGCUAGAGCUGCUCGCGGCAACGUCACUGCUUGGGCUACAACACUUAUCGCAGUCAGUCCAUUAA